AAAAUUUGUUAAUUUAGUUACAUGACUGAAACUCUUGAGCUAUUUAUUUAAAUAGCACAAGAGAAUCUGAAUCAAGAAUAUAAUUUGAGUUGUUUAAAAUUAGAAUCAAAAUAUAGUUAACUAUCCAAGUGAACAUCAUAUUUACCAGUUUAAUUGUUUUCUCGUCUUCACCAAAUUAGAUUAACUUUUAACAAAAUUAAUUUUAUUUGUUUACAUUUGUUUAUCUCUCAUUUUUCUUAUUCCUUAUUGUUAAUUGUUUACUAUCACCAUUCACUUAUUGGGUUAAUUUGAAGUAUCUGCAAUUACGAGGUGUUCAUGUGAUUGUGUUUUGUUUUGUGAUUUACUUUUAUUAGUAACUUGAAUAUUUUUUUUCUCUCUCUCUCUCAUUGACAACAAAGUGAUUGGAAAAUUAAAUUGUUCAAUUGGAAGCCUUUUAAUUAGUUACCCAUCCCCUUUAUACACCAAACUAUGGGUACUAUUGAAAGAUCAUCAAGUGAUAAAAUGGUUACUGAUGUUUAUGAACAUAAACCAAGACCCAGAGUUGAAGUUGUUUGUGUUAUGGAUUUGACUUUGGCUUCAUCAUCAUUAUCUCAACGGAAAAUUGCCUAUGAAGAGCUUCAAGAAGCUUGUGAAGCUUCAAACGCUUCAUUACAUUUAAUCUUAUUCCAAAAAUUGGAUUUCGGUGAAAUGUCCGCAGUUGAACAAUUUCAUGGAGCCGAUGUUGCAAUAAUUGACCUUAGUGUUCAAGAACAACAGAAUUCAUUACUCUAUCUUCUUGGUGUUCGUGAAAGUUUCGGAAUGAAACAAAAUAUACUUCUUUUUAAUGAAUUUAAUACUGAAAGUGCUUUACAAUUAAGACUUACCUGUUCAAAUUAUACUCUAAUUUCAUAUCGAGUCAAUGAAAAUAAACAAUGUAUCGUAACGGAGCCCAAUGUCAUCAAUAGACUUGGAAAUGGUGAUAUAAUUACCUCAUCUGAAACUAAAAUCCUUCUCCAUGUUAAAUUAACCAAAAUUUUACAAGAGAUUGAGAUACAAACAAAAGCUCAUAUGAAGGAAAAGUUUCUCAGUGAUUUGAGAAAAGCUCGUGAUGAAAAUACUGGUGAAAAAUUAAGGGAAACUCUUCAUAACCUGAGAAAACGUCUCGAUGAUCCUAACCUGAUUUCCAUGGAGACAGUUUACAAUAUGUUCAUGUCAUUUCGAGAGAUUCAAGAUUACGACGCAAUGAUUAAACUAUUCACCGAUUUACAAACAGUUCCUCAUCUAAAGUUAACCGUUAGCUCAGCGAUUCUUUAUCUCUAUGCAUUUGCCCUUAAUCGUCGUAACAAGGAAGGUGAUAGAGAGAAAGCGCUUAAAUUUAUCACCAUGGCCUUAGAACAAACGGAAGGCCAUGUUCCCGAUAUCGUUUGUCUUUGUGGUCGAAUUUAUAAAGAUAUGUUCGUCGAAUCGGAAUAUACCGAUGAUGUUAGUCUUAAGAAUGCAAUCAAAUGGUAUCGUAAAGGUUUCGAGGUUCAACCAAACGAAUACGCUGGUAUUAAUCUGGCCACUCUAUUAGUUAUCGAUGGUGCCAAUUUUGCAGCCUCCGAGGAGCUACAACGAAUCGGAAUGGUUCUGUCCAACCUUAUCGGUCGAAAGGGUAGUUUGACAUCUCUACAAGAGUAUUGGGAUGUUGCCACUUUCUUUGAGAUCUCAGUUCUUGCCGAAAAUUAUGCCAAAGCCGUUCAAGCCUCCGAAUGUAUGUUUAAAUUAAAGCCACCCAAUUGGUACCUAAAAUCGACCAUAGGUAACAUCCGACUGAUCAAUCGAUUCCGUAAGAAACCGGAAGACGCUGAGAGGUCACCCGAUGAGCAUAUAUUUAACUUUUGGAUGGAAUAUUUUAUCGAUGCCACUGAUGAAGAGAUUAGCGAUGUUAUCAAGUUUCCCAUUCUAGUCCUCGAACCUACCAAAACGUAUCAGCCCAGUUACGCGACAGUUAAUAUGGAUGCCGAUGAGAAAUCUGUCCAAAUAACCAAUGUUUGCCUCGAUUGUAUGAAAAAAAUGGACUGUCGUCGACUCCACAAUUGGGUGAUUGAAGCAUCAAACAUUAGAGGCGUUAGUCUCUACAAGCGAGAUGAGAGAUGCCUUUUCCUUUAUGUCCAUUUAAACUCGGAUGAUUUUCAAAUGUUUUUCCCAUCUGAAGCUUUGAGAGCUCGAUUUCAUCAGCUGAUCGUGGAGAUGACUGGUGAUCAAGGUUUAAUUGCUGACCUUGGAGCUCAGCAUGACAAUGAACCGAUUCAGUAUGAAUAUGAUUUAGAUGAUCAAAGGAGACCAAUUGUUUUGGGCGCUGGAACUUAUGGUAAAGUUUACGCUGCUCGUGAUAAAAGGACACAAAUCGAACUUGCAAUCAAAGAAAUUCCCGUUAAGAAUGAAGGGGAAGUUCAACCUUUACAUGAAGAGAUCAAACUUCACUCGCAAUUAAGACAUCGAAACAUUGUCCAGUACUUAGGGUCAGUUUGUGAGAAUAGAACUUUUAAAAUUUUCAUGGAAAGAGUUCCCGGUGGAAGUUUAUCUCAACUAUUGAGAUCUAAAUGGGGACCAUUAAAAGAAAAUGAAUCAACUAUGGCUUAUUAUACAAAGCAAAUGCUUCAGGGAUUAAAAUAUCUUCAUGAUCAAAAGAUUGUCCAUCGUGAUAUUAAGGGAGACAAUGUAUUGGUCAACACUUAUUCGGGUAUAAUUAAAAUAUCAGAUUUUGGUGCUUCCAAACGUUUAGCUGGUCUCAAUCCGGCUACUGAAACUUUUACCGGAACAUUUCAAUACAUGGCACCGGAGGUUAUUGACCAGGGUCAACGAGGUUAUGGGGCACCAGCUGAUAUCUGGUCUUUAGGUUGUACAGUAGUUGAAAUGGCCACUGGACGUACUCCAGUUAUCGAUGGUAUUUCUGGGCCUGAGAUUAUUUUCAAAGUUGGUUUUCACAAGGAACACCCAGAGAUACCACAAUCUCUUUCAGAACGAGCUAAAGAAUUUAUUUUACGCUGUUUCGAUCCUAAUCCAGAUACUCGAGCGACCGCCGCUGAAUUACUUGAACAUCACUUUCUAGCUGAGAAUCAUCAUGGAAACCGGAAAAAGAAAACAAUACCCAUGUCAUCUUCUCCUACACCCCAUAAACAGAGUCACCUUGAUUUCAAUCGUAGCAUCUCUGUUCCUGCUGAAUCUCAUCAACCUCGAGACGAUCGAAGUCCAGAUUCAAGGAAUCGAUUCGCAAGUGCCGAUGAUGCGACCAAACUAAAGGAUGAAACAAAUUGUAGUGGAAAAAAUGAAAAUCGGAGACCCAAAUUAGAUCGCCUUGUAAUCCCUGGUUCCCAAAGUUCAUUAAGUUCUGAAGAUGCACCUUAUGCCCGACGGAAUAGCGGAAGUAUAAUGAGCCCACCAAUCGAAAGUGCCUCGACUACCCCUCGUGACGGUGACACUGGAGGAUUUUAUUUGUUAAAGAAAGACUCUGAAAGGAGAGCGACAUUAGUACAAGUUUUAAAUGACGAUUCUCAUCUUAUGUGUGACACUUGGUUACAUUUACUCCAGCAAAAUAUUCAAGGUCUUCUAUUGACCUCCGAUCAUCUUCAUCAACUACUGGCGGGUAUUCGUGACUUCAUGCCCGAACAAGAUAAAGCUCCACUGGCCCAAGCGAUUUCUUUCGUUAAAGAAGAACUUGAAUUUGAUGGAAUCAAUCAGAUUCAAUUGGCACUUUUAUUAGCCCAAGAUGCGGUUAAUCGAGUCCUUAGAUGUCAUAAUAUCAAACCUCAUUGGAUGUUUGCUUUGGACUCGCUGGUUCGAGGAGCUGUUCAAGCAGCGAUAACAAUCCUUUCCCCAGAAUUGGGUGAAAAUUUAGCCGGUGAUUCAAGGAGAGAUAGUCGAGAAUUAAGUCCACCCGAUAAUAGAUUGACUGGAGCUGAUCCAUCAACCGCUUCAGCAAUAUCAACAUUAGCUUCAAUUCAAUCAGCUAUUCAUUUACCUUCACGAUCCUCUGCUAUUUCAGCCGCUCACUCUCAUCAUUUUGAUCAAAUUAAUCGUAAUCACCAUGACCAGUCAAUCCAUCGAUCUGAUUCACCUGAUUUUGAUGAAGAAAAAUCUUGCCAAUGGAGGAGAAAAUAUGAAAAAGUUAGAGCCGAGAAUUUAGAUUUGUUUCAACAACUACUUACAACAGAAAAUCAACUUAAUUUCUUAUUAAAAGCUCAACUUGCCGAGAGACAGAAACAAAUUGAAUCAUUUAUCUCAUCAAAUAAUAAUCUCUCCCUUCCAAAUGGUUCAAAUCAACAUGAAACACCACCAACAUCUCAAUCAAUGGAUCAAACAAUUAACCUUACCAAUCAAUCAACAAAAUUACCAAAUAUCAUAAUCGGUAGCGAUUCAUUCAAUGGUGUCGAUCAAAGCUCAAGUAACCAGUUAAAAUCUCAUACAAACAAAUGACAAUCAAAGUACAAGUGACACAAAAUCAUGAAAAGUUGUGACAAAUUUGAUAAAAGGCCAAAACAUCAACAAAAUGGACAAAAAUAAUCAUCAAUCUUAAUUAUAUUUUCAUUUAAAUAAAAUGCACCAAAUGUUAACCCCCCCGACCCUCACAUAGAUGGCAGCAUAAACUUAACUGUCAAAGCGUUAGACACCUAAGCUAGUCGAAACACUGACGACUGACUGACUCGCAAGUUUUUUCGACUCACUCGGCUGUAAGUCGACUCAUCGACUUUCGUCGAAGUCGGUGCUUUAUCGACUCACUAGUCGACUCACUUGUAACUUAAACUUAAUAAAUUAAAGGAGUUCAAACAGAAAAAAAGUUUGGUAUGCGCUUUUAAAAAGAUUUCUCUUUGAAAACUGCAUUUUCAGCCUUGUCUGGGGCUAAUUGAAACUUUUUAUACUAAAUUCAAAACCAGAAAAUCUAUCAGUUGGUGACCUUGAUUUGCGAAUGGACAAUAUGACUCGAAAUUCAAGUUAAUUUUGCAUUUAAGUCGACUCAAAGUCGACUAACUUGAGUCGACCGAGUUGAUUGAUUUUCGGCUUCGACUCGAGUCGCUUUCUAGUCGACUGACUGACUGACUCGAUCGACUAGCUUCGGUAUCUACAAAGCGUGUUCGAUCACCGGUGACACCUGACGGAAGAAAUCGCAACGAUUGUGGAAACUGCUGCCAUCUGGAGUUCGAGUCAAGUGAAGUUCAAUUUGUCCUUCUAAUCAAUGUUUUGAUUUUUUGUUAUUCAUUUUAAUUGUGAAUCAAUUUGUUAUUCUGAUUAUUUUGUUAAUUAAUUCAGACUAAAGAUGACUUAUUGGAGAGAGUUAAGCAAGAUGGUUCGACAAACAAUGGAAAGAGCCAACCCGGAAACAGGAUUCAGAUUAAUGUGUCCUCUUAUCGCUGUUUGGGCUUUCACAAUGGAGUUUAUUACUGGAGGUGUUCAUGAACAUCAUUCAAGUCAUGGUGACAAUCACAAUAACCAUGGUCAUCAUUAAUUGUUAGAUUUUUUUGUUUCCCUUCUUGUAAUGUAAACUUUGAUCUUUGUACAAUGGGUUUGGUUUGUUCUAAAUUGAAUUGUAUGAAUCAAUUUCAUUUAAAAAUAAAAUAGUAGGAAUUUAUUCAAAUAA